AUGAAUAAUAAACAUAUUCAAGGAUUCUGUAUGUUGUGGACACAAUUGAGAUUGGGAAACUAUAAAAAUAGUAAAAAAGCUUCAACAAUUAAAGGUAUUUUUCAAAACGAAGAGAUGCACGUUAAUUUUCAUAACAGAACUUUUGAAGAUGCAAUUAGAUACUGUAAGAAAGAUAGAAAUCGAUGUUCAAAACAUCAUCCUUAUUGCAGGUGUGAUUUUUUUGAUUUAACAAAAAUAUGUGAUAAAUGUAACGAAAAUUGUUUGGAAUUUCAAACAUUCACAUGCGUUGAUGAUAAAUCUGGACCGUUCGAAUAUGGAGAAUUGCCAAAAAGUAAUAACGUAGAAGGAUUCAAUCAACAUUUAGAAGAACAAAAAAAAAUACGUAUACAAACAAUUGAAGAUAUCAAAAAACAAAUCAAACCGAUAAAUGAAAUUGUUAUAGAUGCUUUUGUUAAUUCAGGAACAGCACCGCAUAUUAUCAAAGAACUUUACAACACGAUUCGUGAUAGUCAAAAGAAAUCAUACAAGAGAUGUUUUACUCCAUGCAACAUCUAUAUUUAUG